AUGUCGCAAGCCUCGGGCUCAAUGUCGCAGACCGGCGACGCCUCACCUGCACAACAACCGACAGCUCCGAGUCUGGAACCCGAAGCUGCGACCGAGGAAAUAGUCACCGAGGAAGAUGAAUGGGAAUACGAGUAUUCGGCGACGGAAACAGAGACGUACUACUUGACUGUCGAGCUCUCCUACCCCGAAUUCAAAGGCCAGGCCGCCAAAAGCCCUCACCACAGUCGCGGCGGUUAUUAUAAACAUUGGCUUGGGAGGAAGCAAUCGUACAUCGAGACUUCGGCUGGCUCCGAGUUCGGCGGCGAUGCUCUCGACCGGGAUAAGAACAAGAGCAGCAACAUCGAUAAUAACGAUAAUGAAGAUAACGCACCCGACCAGCCUGCCCCGCCACAAGCCGACGUGGCUCGGGACACAAACCCUGGACAGACGGCGGAAGAUGCGACUGCGGCUGGGGAUGACAGUUUAGAUAUUGACCCAGCCCUCUUCGCUCCACAUAGGGACUUACGACCUGGGCGGGACGACAACGGGCCUGGAAACAAUGGAGAGGGUGAUAAUAUAGAAGGCCCUAGAGCGGAUAUCCAAGCUAGGGAGGAAGCAGAGAAUGGGGAGGACGAAGAAGACCAGCUCAUGGCAGGUGACGAGGCACUCGAGGAUAUCCAGAUUCUCGACCUGCACUCCGACCACCCUGUGAUUUCCUACCGGGGCCGAGUCUUCGAAGGCCAAUGGGCAGAGGUUAUUGGGACAGAAGCUAUAUUCGCCCGCCGCAACCCCAACGCGAAGCCGCCGCUGCCCGCCCUUCGGAACCUACCGGAGAAUGUCGACUUUCUGGCGGCGAGCGCUUCGCGAAUACUCACCAAGGAGAAAAUCAUGAAGCCUAGAAAGCCUAUUGAAGAUUCACUCGCGGCCAUACGAAAAGAAUGGAACAUCAAAAUCCCACGCGGCAGGCACAAGAAUGGAGAGAAGAUGAAGCAGGUCCACUUCCUCGAAAGGUUGAUUGCGCUCAAGAUGAAGAAGGGCGAGACGGACAAGGUCACGGUUUUUGCAAAGGAUGGCGCGGGCAAGGAUUUCAGGGACGACCGAGAUCCUGAGUUUCGCCCGAGGAGGAAAAGGGCUCAGAGGAUACGGGCCGGCUCAGAGAGCGGCGAGGAGACUGGAAACAAGAGGAAGCGGUCGGGCAGACCUCGUGGGAGACCCAGAACCAGGGUCGGCAGCGAGCCUAGGGGUCUUCUACAUCGAGAUAUCGAGGCCGGUGGGCUCUCUCAACCGACACCAAGCCGCUGGGAGGAUUUGGAAAGUGGUGAGGAUGUGGUGGAUGAGGACGAGGAGGAAAUUGGGGAUGCCGAUUCGAGCGACUAUGACAUGUCUGAAGGUAGCCGCAGAAGUGACGGGAGCAACCAGAGUGACACACACGAUGAGGAUAAUAGUGAUGGUGCUGGUGAUGCAGACCCAGCAGCCGAUUACGAGGACAUCACUAUGGCAGAGUAA